AUGGAGCUGAAAAGCAUUCUGCAACUCCUUUUCUUCCUCCUCCUUGAUCGCCGCUACUUUGUCUUUUCUCUCGGUACUGCUGAUCAUGCCCGUCGUGAGACCAUGCUCACUUGUCCGUCUGGUAGUGAUCUCUGCAUCUACCUGGCGGCAGCAGGUUGCGUCAACCUCACAGCUGGCGACACUUGCUGCAUAGACGGCAGUGGAAUAUGCUCAGGAGGUCUGGAGUGCGGCACUGGUGUUGCUGCAAGUCGAUGCUGUGAAAUUGGAUUGACUCCAGGUCAAUGCGCCCAGGCGACGCUCGUGGGCACUGCGACAACAGUUCCUCCGAUUGCAAGCACCACGUCACGACCAACAAGCAGUGGUUCUGAUACCACGGUACCACUGUCUCUUACUCUCCUCAUACUUGGGACCCUGUAUGGAUUUCUCUUGGAAACCUUGGGUGAAGCAUUGAGUGUCCGGCGGAUGGUAGCAAGCUCAGAACAGGCUGGUAAUAAACCAAGGGACAACGCAUGGGUUUCUGGUUAG